AGGGUCCCCGCCGGGACUGACGGCGCAGCGGGCAGCUUCCCUCGUCGGCUCGCCUGUUGCCCGCGGUGGGGCGCCUUUCCCGCUCGCGGGGCUGCUCGGGGUUCGGCGGGGCCUCUGCCGAGGGAGCCUUCCCCUUUCCCGGCCGGGCGCGGAGCCUCGGGAGUCUGGAAGAUGCCCGUGAGCCUCCCCACAGCCCUGCGUGUUUCGGGGACCACCCUCUUUGCUGUGACGGUGCUUGGGGGCAUCCUGGCUGCCUAUGUCACAGGCUACCAGUUCAUCCACACAGAGCAGCACUACCUGUCCUUUGGGCUCUACGGGGCCAUCCUGGGCCUCCACCUCUUCAUCCAGAAUUUCUUUGCCUUCCUGGAGCACCGGCAGAUGCGCCUGGAGAGGCGACCCCUGAAGCUGCAAGCCUCGGUGGCCCUUUGCAUCGCUGCCUACCAGGAGGACCCCAACUACCUGCGCCAAUGCCUGCGCUCCGUUCAGCGCAUCUCCUUCCCCGGCCUGAAGGUGGUGAUGGUGGUGGAUGGCAACGGGGAGGAGGACACCUACAUGCUGGACAUCUUCCAGGAGGUGAUGGGCUCGGAGCAGACCAGUUCCUACAUCUGGAGCAGCAACUUCCACGCUCAGCCGCUGGACGAGACCGAGGGGGCCCAUCGGAAGGCCACACAGCACGUCCAGAGCCUUGUCCGCAACCACACCCACUCCUGUAUCAUGCAGAAGUGGGGGGGGAAGCGGGAGGUCAUGUACACCGCCUUCCGGGCCCUGGGGGACUCGGUGGACUACGUGCAGGUGUGUGACUCGGACACCGUUCUGGAUCCUGCCUGCACGGUGGAGAUGCUCCGGAUCCUGGAGGAGGACUCCCGUGUCGGUGGUGUUGGUGGAGAUGUCCAGAUCCUCAACAAGUACGAUUCGUGGAUCUCCUUCCUAAGCAGUGUGCGGUACUGGAUGGCGUUCAAUGUGGAGCGGGCCUGCCAGUCCUACUUUGGGUGCGUCCAGUGCAUCAGUGGGCCCCUGGGGAUGUACCGCAACUCCCUGUUGCAGCAGUUUCUGGAAGACUGGUACAACCAGACCUUCCUGGGAAGCAAGUGCAGCUUUGGGGACGACCGGCACCUCACCAACCGUGUCCUCAGCCUGGGCUACCACACGAAGUACACGGCACGCUCCAAGUGCCUGACGGAAACCCCCACCCGGUACCUGCGCUGGCUCAACCAACAAACCCGCUGGAGCAAGUCCUACUUCCGGGAGUGGCUCUACAACGCGCUCUGGUUCCACAAGCACCACCUCUGGAUGACCUAUGAGUCGGUGGUGACCGGCUUCUUCCCGUUCUUCCUGAUCGCCACCGUCAUCCAGCUGUUCUACCGUGGCCGUGUCUGGAAUAUCCUCCUUUUCCUUCUGACGGUGCAGCUGGUGGGCAUCGUGAAGGCCACCUAUGCCUGCUUCCUGCGGGGCAAUGCAGAGAUGAUCUUCAUGUCCCUCUACUCCUUGCUCUACAUGUCCAGCCUCUUGCCGGCCAAGAUGUUUGCCAUCGCCACCAUCAACAAAUCCGGUUGGGGCACCUCUGGCAGGAAAAGGAUUGUGGUCAACUUCAUUGGUCUCAUCCCCGUCUCGGUCUGGGUGGCGGUGCUGCUGGGCGGGCUGGCAUACACAGCCUACCGCCAGGACCUCUUCACAGACACCGAGCUGGUCUUCCUCAUCUCAGGGGCCAUCUUGUACGCCUGCUAUUGGGUGGUCCUGCUCACCCUCUACCUGGCCAUCGUGGCCAGGCGCUGCAGCAAGCCACAGGAGCAGUACAGCUUGGCCUUCGCAGAGGUGUGAUGCUGCAGGAAGAUAAUGGAGGGAGCAAGAAACGCCAUGGGCCAGCCCUUUCCCUGUGUGGCUGAGGCAUGGGAAGGGCUGGCCCCACCCUGCUUAUGGCAGCAUUUCAUGUGGCUUGUCUGGAAGCAGCUGGCAAACUCAGCAAGCUGGAACUCUUCGUUAGGGGGAGGGGAAAGCAGGGGUUCUGCUUUCCCCUCCUGAGGGGCUGGUCACUGGUGGAAAGACCCACCCGGACUCCUGCGAAGGACCUUAGCAGCAGCUCACCGGUCCUCCUAUGCAAACAAGACUUUCCUGAGGGGGUGAAGGUGACUUUCUCCUGAGGGGAUGAAGAUGGUGGCCCUCAGAGGCAAUAGUUUGGGGCAAUCACCAUCUGGAGACAUUGCUGAGGAGGCGGGGGGGGGGCCUCUACCAGAUCCUCUUUGGAGAUGCAGAAUGUAGGGAAAGCGAUAUGGUUUCUUCCGGUUGUUUCACUGCAGGAAUAAAGGGGAGGGUGGCAGAGGCCAGAAAGCUCCUUUUUGGGAGAGUGUCCUGAAUGAGCUGCCCACCAGAAAGGGAACUUUCCCAGCCUCCCAGAAUGCCUCCCCCCUCCAUGAUAGCUGCAGACAGGGAGGCCUCAGCCGGAAGAGCUGGUUGCCUUACAGCCACUCCUGAUUUUCCACCAAUAUUUACAUGCUGUCAAGCACAUGGAUGACACCUGAUUUAACAAAGUUUAGCUGGGCUGGGGUUUGUUUUUGUCUGCAACCAUGUGGUUGUAAUAUUGUGGUACUACUAGGACAUUCUACCUCUGUCCACGCCCCUCAUCCUCAUAAGUCUCUGGGGCUUUUCUACAGACUCCCCCACGGUGCUACUUCCAAGUGGGAGAAGGUGGGACGAGGGGCAGCAGUGGUGCUUCAUGGGCUCCCAUCCUACUCUCUGCUUCAACCGCUCCGCCCUCAAUACACCUUGCCUCCCUCCUCCAGCAAGAAGGGGCUGGGGGCUGGGGCGGAACUCACAGGGCUUCAAGUUCAGGAGUGGUGGGAGCUUUUACUGCAAUCUGUCAUUCCACUGAGAGGGAACAUGAUGCCUCCCCCCCCCUUUGACAGCUUCCUACUUAGCCAGCAUCUGAAACGGUCACAGGUUUGCUCAGGCAUUCCCUUGCGCAGAUCCUGCCUGCCCCCUGCUGGAGUUUAGAGGAAAGGCAGCUCUUCCCAGUUUCAGUGCUGAAGAGGAUUCCUGAAGCCCAGAACUCUGCAUGUUUACAUCUUAUUUUGAAAAGCAAGUUUCUACAUUUUAAGCAAUAUUUUAAACCAUCGCAGAAAAAUUAGGAGCCUUUUCUGGAGUGUCCUGCCUUGUACAUCUGUUGCCAGAUUGUGCUCUGCUUUUUACAAAUCCCACCCCGCAGCCGGCCUUCAGAGGUUGUGGGUGGAAGCUUUUAGGAAGAAACCAUACAGCCGUUAAUUAGGGUCUCCUGCUUGAGAACGGGGUUGGAGUAGAAGACCUCCAAGGUCCCUUCCAACUCUGAUCAUGUUUGGCUCUAAAACUUUUUAGCUUAUGAGAAAUAAGGAUAUGCUGUAAAUAAGGCCUGCACAUUUAAAAGAAUGCAAGUUCCAUGGCCUGAGGAAACUUGUUAUAAUGACAAAAUGUUUUGGUGUUGAAUGCACUAACACUUUUACUGCUCUGCUGCCAUCUAGAUAUAUGGACUUCAACUUCCAUGAUCCCCAGCCAGCAAUUAAACUCCAGCACAUUUGGAGAACUAGUGAAGCUUCAUAGGCUGCUCUCCUGGGUUCUGUGCAUCUUCCUUGCUGAUGGAAGUUCCCAAUCCUACCCGAUAUCCAGGCCUCUCAGCCUCCUUUAGUUCUGUGGCACAUUGGGGGGGGGGAGAGGCAGGUGCUGCACAGGACUCCCAUUAUAUGGCUCCUCCUCCUCCUCUUUCCCAGAGGCAGCUCUAUUGACUCAGACCGGUGAGAGGGUAUCACAGCAUCCCUCAUUUAGUCUACUAUGGGCAUUAAUUUCUAAACCAAAAAAAGUAUUUAUAUACAUCCUUCUCCAAUUAGGCAUAUACCUGCCUUGUAUAGAACAUGUUAUGUUGAGAAAAUAAUUCUGUAACCAGCAAUUGUUAUCAUGCAACUAGAUAUUCUGCAAAACAGGUUUGAUUUACACAUUUUGCUUCUGAAAUGCAAUUUGGGGGUUUCGCAAGAAAUGAGCAAAAGUCUGCUUGUGGUUUUUUUAUUGGCUUGAAAUGCUGAAGUUGCCAAGCCACCAAGAGGACCAGGGCCUUCCUUGGUACAAAUCCCAAAAGUCUUUGGGAUCUCACAGGGUUUUUCUGUCAUUCCACAGAGCAAUAGCUCUGCAGCCAAGUUGAGCUUACUCCUGCUUCAGCGCCUUCGCCCAGCCCAUUUCUUGCUGUGUGCCGACUGGUAAUUUUGAGAACUGAUGCAGAGGAAGGGCUGUCAUUGGUCCUCAAAGGCGGGCAGGGGGUUUCUUCCAGUGCUGCCUUUUUGCACAGGUCUCAAGGCCACAGUGGGAGGAAAGGUCAGGUGCAGAGGCUGCUACCUUUCACAAGGAGCUUCUCUCCCCAAGCUGGCCAAGGCCAAAGUGUGUUGGGGAGGAGAGCCACGAUCCAGCCCCUUUUGGCUGGGCUUCCUCUGGACUGGCUGUCUCUUCUUGCUCUUUGAGCCACGGUGGCUCAGUGGUUAGAAUGCAGUUCCACAGGCUAAGUCACUGCCCGUUGCCAGGAGUUCGAUCUCGACAGGCUUGAGGUUGAUUUGGCCCGCCAUCCUUCCAAAGUGGGCAAAAGGAGGAGCCAGGUGAGGGGGGGGGCAGGAGGGUGACUCGAUCAACUGCUUAGAGGGCUGUAGUGGUAUAUAAACCUAAGUGCUAUUGCUGUUCUCCUGCUGGGCUUCAGCUGCUUCCCUUUGUAGGCCGAUUCUUUGGGGUUCCUGACAGUCCUUUUAGAAGUUUUUGUACUCUUUGUUAUUAACACUAGUUGAACACUUAAAAGUUAUUUGUAUGCUUAUUUAUUUUUUACUUACAUUUUCAUUUUUUAAAAAACAGGUUUGGAUUUUUUUAUUACAUUGGUUACAAUAAUAAAGCUUUGUAAACAGAGGAGCCGGUUCCCGUUCUUUCCCCCCCCCAAAAGGAACCGGGGCCCCAACCAGAGGGAGGGACAAAGCUCUGGAGCCUCCGACCAGAGGCCAAC